AUGCUACUAUUAUUAUAUUAUCUGAGUUAUAUAUUAUCGGGAAAUAUACAACAAGCAUGGGCAGCUAACCCGGAUCUUAUACCCAUACAAGUGGAUUCACCAAUUUCGCCAGUUGAGGUGCCAUUAUCUGGUCCAGUCUCAACAUCAGUCCAUUCCGGUACUACCGGUUGCUCAACAAACGAUUUCCGUUGUAACGAUGGUAAAUGUAUCAGGUUCGAGUGGAAAUGUGACGGGUCAGGCGAUUGUUCAGAUGGCGAAGAUGAGAAGGACUGCCCACAUCCUGGUUGCAAACCGGAUCAAUGGCAAUGUGACAAAUAUGAAUGGCGUUCAGUUUCUUGUAUUCCGGAAUAUCAACGAUGUGACAAUAUUACAGACUGUGCAGAUGGUUCGGAUGAAGUGGAUUGUCCGGCGCCAAGUGUAUCCUGCAACGUUAACGAUGGUUCCGUAUUCCAAUGCGCUGACGGAAGACAAUGCUUUGAUAUAUCAAAGAAAUGUGAUGGAAAGUACGAUUGUAGAGAUUUAAGCGAUGAAAAGGAUUCCUGUCCACAUAAUCAUACAGCCUGUUUUCAAUAUCAAUUUCGUUGUGCUGAUCAAUCACAAUGUAUUCAAAAAUCAUGGGUUUGUGAUGGUUCAAGUGAUUGUGCUGAUAGUUCAGAUGAACCAUCAACAUGUGAAUUUAAACAGUGUAGCGGUGGUGAAUUUCAAUGUAAGAAUAAACGAUGCCAACCACGAAAAUUUCGUUGCGACUAUUACGAUGAUUGCGGUGAUAAUUCUGAUGAAGAAGGAUGUGGACAAUAUCUUUGUCCACCACAGCAAUGGAAUUGUCCUGGUUCGGGUCAUUGCAUUCAUAAAACUAAAUUAUGUGAUGGAAAAAAUGAUUGUUUGGAUGGUUUCGAUGAAAAGAAUUGCUCAUCAAAUCUUUGUCCAUCAUUAGGAUGUCAAGCCGGAUGUCAUUCAUCACCAUCUGGCGGUGUUUGUACUUGCCCCGUUGGCUAUAAGUUGGAUGAACGAUUUCAUAGAACUUGUUCCGAUAUCAAUGAAUGUAUUGAAUGGGGUUACUGCGAUCAAGGUUGUCAAAAUCAUCGUCCCGGAUUUACCUGUUCAUGUCUUGGUGAAUGCUAUCACCUGGAAAUGAUGCAUGGACCUGGUAAUGAUAAUCGUACUCUACGAGGAUACUGUUUAUCACGUGACUCGAAUACUAUGCGAUUAUAUAUCGCUAGGAGAGAGGGAUUAUACAGGAUAAAUCCAAAUGAUCCAAAUGAAGAAGCAAAAAAAUUGGUUAGCGGUGAAUUUAUUUAUGGUAUUGGAUUUGAUUUUGGUGACAAGAAGAUGUUUUGGACCGAUCGAUUGUCACAUUCAGCAUUCAGUGCUGAUAUUGAUGAUAGUGGUGAUAUAAAUAAUAUUAAGAAACUUGAUUUGAAAAAUUUAAUUUUUCCACGAAAUUUGGCUGUUGAUUGGCUUACGAAUCAUUUAUAUAUCGUUGAGUCAGGAUCAAGACGAAUUGAUAUUUCAACUUUUGAUGGUGAAAGAAGAACUGUACUAAUUGCUGAUGGCUUAGUACUACCAUUAGAUAUAGCUCUUGAUCCAAUUAGAGGUGAGAUGUUUUUUUCAAAUCAAUUCAAAUUAGAAAGUGCAGCAAUGGAUGGUACUCGACGGCGUACUCUAGUUGACAGUCACACACACCAAGUGAGUGGUGUCGUAGUUGACAUUGCCGCUAAACGGGUUUAUUGGGUUGAUCCGAAAGUUGAUCGAGUGGAAUCAAUCGAUUACAACGGAAAAGAUCGAAGAAUAGUUAUCCAAGGGAUGAAUAAUGUACCACAUCCAUUUGGUCUUACAAUAUUUGAUCAAUAUCUGUACUGGACAGAUUGGACACGUCUUGGUGUUAUGCGUGUUGAAAAGUUUGGCUCACCGACCGAUAUUAUUUGGACAAAAAAGGAAAAUAAUGUAUUUCCGAUGGGUAUUGUAGCAUAUCAUCCGAUGACUCAACCUGGACCUCAAGAAAGUGAUUGUCUUGGUUUAAAAAUUGAUAAUCCAUGUGUUGAAGCAGAUUGUCAAGGAAUGUGUAUUUUAAGUAAAGAUAUUGGUGGACUUGGUAUUGGCUAUCGAUGUAUUUGUCCUAUAGGACAGAAAUUAAUUGAUGGAAAACGUUGCGUUGAUUCUACCGAUUAUUUAUUAUUUAGUAGUAAUAAAGUAGUACGUGGUAUAUUCCCAGAAAUAGAUCAAGAUUCAUUAAGUGAAGCAAUUUUACCCAUAUCACCUGUUUCACAACGUCGUAUUGGAAUGUAUUUUGAAGUGGAAUGUGAUAUUCAUGAUAAUAGCUUCUUCUAUGCUGAUAUAAUGGACAAUACAGUUUACAGGGUAAAACCGGAUGGGGAAGGUUCUGCCCCGGUAUUAGUAACCCAUAAUGAUGGAUUAGUUUCAAUGUCAUUUGAUUGGCUUUCAAAGCAACUUUAUUAUGUUGACAAUAUCAGAAAUAGUCUUGAAGUUGUCAAAAUAUCUGAACAGGGUCUUGUUCAUCCGGAUCAGCUAAUUCAUCGUCAAUUGCUGAACGGUUUACGUGAUCCGGUUGCUGUUGCUGUGCAUCCGUGGCGUGGAAUUCUAUUCUUUGCGGAAGCUCAACGACCUGCAAGAAUCUAUCGUUGUAUGAUAGAUGCAAGUAAUUGUCACAUUAUACGGAAUACAACUCUCGGACGACCGUCCAGUAUGGUUAUCGAUUUCUCGGAAGAUCGACUUUGUUACGGUGAUACUUUAUUGAAGACGAUUAAUUGCAUGAACUUUGAUGGGUCAAAUCCAUAUGUUAUACCUGUGGACAAUCCAAUUCCAGUUGCUAUCGCUGUACUUGGAGAUGAAUUCUAUUAUGUACAUCAAAGGCCAUAUUCAAUACGUCGUGUAAAUAAGCGAAAUGGUGGUAAAGGUCGAAUUAUCCGCCAAUUUACUGGCAAAGAUCGAAGUGUUUUUUCAUUGAAGGCCUGUUCACCAGCUAAUCAACCUAUACCUGAUCCAUCUAUUGAGCAUCCAUGCCAUUCAAGUGAUUGUUCUCAAUUUUGUUUUGGACUUCCCAAUAGUUCGUCAUCUUCAGAAGCUCAGCCACUUGUGAAAAGAUGUGGAUGUAGGCAAGGAUUCAAAAUAAAUCCAGAGAAUAUGCGUACUUGUCAACGUGAUCGUCGUGAAAUUGUUGAAGUAUUAUGUGCCAGUAAUUCAUCACAAUUCUUAUGCGCUAAUGGACGAUGUAUACCAAAUGAAUGGAAAUGUGAUGGUGAAAAUGACUGUCUCGAUGGUAGUGAUGAGAAAGGAUCAGAUAAUAAGCCAUGUUUUGUUGAAAAAGAAUGUCCACCGAAUACAAUUCGUUGUAAUAAUACAAAGAAAUGCAUACCUCAACAAUAUGCUUGUGAUGGUGAUAAUGAUUGUGGUGAUUAUUCUGAUGAAGAUGUUAAGUAUUGCAAAAAUGGUGAAAUUCCGGUUUGUGCAGCACGAAAGUUUCAAUGUGAUAAUCAUCGAUGCAUUCCGGAACAAUGGAAAUGUGACUCGGAUAAUGAUUGUGGUGAUGGUUCAGAUGAAAAAUUAGAAAUGUGCUCGAAUACAACAUGCUCAUCCAAUCAGUUUACAUGUGGUAAUGGUCGUUGUAUUCCGGUUUAUUGGCUUUGUGAUGGUGAUAACGAUUGUUAUGAUAAUACUGAUGAAGAUAAAGAGAGAUGUCCAUCAGCAUUAUGUCGUCCUGAUCAAUUCCGUUGUGCUAAUAAACGACAAUGUAUUUCACUCAAGAAUCAUUGUGAUGGACAACAGGAUUGUGAUGAUGGUUCAGAUGAAGAUAGCUGUUUCUCUCAGAGUGAUAAGUGUACACAUAAUGAAUUUACAUGUGCUUCAGAUGGACUUUGCAUACCGAUAGCAUGGAAAUGUGAUGGACAAAAAGAUUGUGAAGAUGGUAGUGAUGAACCGGAAAGUUUAUGUUCAAGCACUCAAUGUGCUUCAGAUCAUUUUAAAUGUGCUAAUGGUCGCUGCAUUUUUAACACUUGGCUUUGUGAUGGUGAGAAUGAUUGUGGUGAUAAUAGUGAUGAAGAUGCUGAACAUGGUUGUCAACGUUCUCAGUUACUUUCUAUUCGAUGUCCUUUUGAACAUAUGGCAUGUCCAGGAUCUCCAGAUAUUUGCAUACCAUUUCAUAAUUUAUGUGAUGGUAAAGAUCAUUGUCCCGGUGGUACCGAUGAAGGUGGACGUUGUGCUCGAGAUCUUUGUGCUGCAGAUCGAGCUGGUUGUGCUUUCAAGUGUCAUAUGAGUCCUGAUGGUCCUCUUUGCUCAUGUCCAUUUGGUGAAGCGCUGGUGAAUAAAACUAAAUGUGAACCGGAAAAUGAAUGUUUAGAUGCUCGUUCAUGUAGUCAAAAUUGUACUGAUGAAAAGCAUGGAUUUACCUGUAGUUGUGAGGAAGGUUAUACAUUAGAUGCUGAUAAAAGAACUUGUAAAGUUACUGAUGGUGUUCAGGAUAUGCGUAUCUAUGUAUCAAAUCGUAAUCGUAUUUAUUGGUCUGAUCGUUUUCUCGAGAAUUGGCAUACAUUUGAAGCACGAGUGGAGAAUGCGAUUGCAUUAGCAUGGGAUUCAGUGGAAGAUCGAAUUUAUUGGUCAGAUAUAAGAGAAAAGAAAAUUUAUUCUGCAACACGAAAUGGUACAAAUGUGACAGUAUUUAUUAGUGAAGGUUUGGAUGUGACAGAAGGUAUUGCGUUGGAUUGGAUUGCGCGUAAUUUAUAUUGGGUUGAUUCCAGUCUAAAUACUAUAGAAGUAGCAUCAUUAGAACGAUCUAGUGCAAGAGCGGUAUUAAUUCAUGAAAAUGUUGAUCAACCACGUGGUAUUGCUGUAGAUCCAAGAAAAGGUCUUUUAUUUUGGACUGACUGGGGUCAGAAUCCACGUAUUGAAAGAGCAAAUAUGGAUGGUUCAGAGAGACGUGUAUUGGUAAAUUCAAAAAUUUAUUGGCCAAAUACAAUUGCGUUAGAUUUAACAACCAAUCGUCUUUAUUUUGCUGAUAGUAAAUUGGACUAUAUUGAUUUUGUUAAUUAUGAUGGAAAUGGUCGUACACAAGUAUUAUCAUCAACAAAAUUUGUUCAACAUCCACAUGCUUUGGCAAUAUUUGAAGAUAUUAUUUACUACAGUGAUCGACGAUUACAGCGACUUCAACUUUAUCCAAAAUAUCCAAAUGGUACAUCAACAGAAUAUCAAUCACAUACAUUCUCAAAAGCUCUUGGUGUUACUGCAGUACAUCCUGUUUUACAACCACAUUUCGAGAAUCCUUGUGCUACUAAUCAUUGCUCUGAUCUUUGCUUAAUCGGUAAAGAUAUGAAAAGCACAUGUAAAUGUCCGUUAGGUAAAAUUUUGGAUACAAGUGGUAAAAACUGUAUCAGUGAUAUGAAACCAUUCCUGAUGCUAAUCCAGAAGACAAAUAUCUUUGGCUUAUCUAUGGAUGAUGCAGUAAACGGAACACCUUCACUUUCCGGAAUGAUACCAUUAGCUGGUCUUAGUAAUGCGUAUGACGCAGACUAUGAUCCGGAAUCAGCUGAGAUAUUUUAUUUGGAACAUGCAACAACGGGUCGAAUAAUUAGUCCGAAUAGUCUUCCAGAAUCGCGAAUUAUUCAAGUAUUGCCAUCUGCGACAAAUCGAACACAGAUAAUUGCUUCACAAAUUCCCGAUGAUUCGUAUGCAAUGGCAAUGGAUUGGAUUGGGCAAAAUAUGUAUGUUGCAAAUAAAAUUUCACAAACAAUUGAAGUAGUACGAACUAAAGAUAUGCAAUAUCGUGCAACUGUGCUAAACAAUAAUCAAUCUCCUACAGCAGUAGCAAAUCCGGUUGCUUUAGCAAUCGAUUCUGAUCGUGGACUUCUUUUCUGGUUAGAUCGUGGUAGCGGUGCUAUUUCACCAAAAGUAGCUCGAGCUGAUUUAGAUGGUAAAAAUGCAUUGGUUAUUGUUUCAAAUGAACUCACUGAAUUGAAUCAUUUAGCGCUUGAUACAAUCAAUCAACGCUUAUAUUUCUCAGAAUCAAAAGCUGGUCGAAUAUCAUAUGUGACAUAUGAUGGUCAAGAUCGUCAUUAUAUUUUGAAUGAUGUUGGAAAGCAACCACGUGGUAUUGCAUUCUUUAACAAUCGACUUUUUUAUGCAGAUAGUGCAUUUGAUAGUAUUGAAGUAACUACCUUAUCCAGUGAUGGUCAAUUAUCACAAUUUCAACAUUUUAAAAAAAAUAUUGAUCAGCUAAUCAAUAUCAAAGCUAUUUCUGGUCGAAGUGCUGAACAUUCACAUCCAUGUCGAACAAAUAAUGGUAAUUGUGAACAUUUAUGCAUUCCAAAAGCAUUUUCACAACAUUAUUGCAUGUGCGCAACUGGUUAUGUGCUAGAAAGCGCCACUCAUUGUAGACUUUUUGACCAAUCAUUCUUGAUUGUAGCUACAAAGACACAAAUUACUGGAAUACCAUUGAAAGAAGAACAAAAGAGAUCAAUUGCAAUGGAACCAAUUGGUGGUACAUCAAUUGCAGCAGUUGAUUAUGAAUUUGAGAGUAAAUCGCUAUUCGUAGCAGAAACAUCAGGUGUAAAUCGUGGCAUUUAUAAGGUUAUUUUGGGUAGUGGUGAAGUGAAGAAUAUUGUCAGAGAUAAUUUUGGUUCAUUUACCGUACGAAGCAUUGCUCUCGACUGGAUUAAUUAUAACUUAUAUUUUAUCAAUGUUGACUCGGAUCGAACACAUAUUGAAGUUUGUCAACUAGAUGGUAAACAUCGUAAAAUUUUACUCUCAACAAAAACUGAAACGCCAACUUCUCUUGCUGUUGAUCCGAUUGGUAGAUAUUUGUACUGGGCUGAUCAAGGUCAAAAACCAUCUAUUCAGCGAGCUUACCUGGAUGGAAGUCAUCGACAGGUAAUUGUACAUGAAAAUAUUGCUGAACCAACAGAUUUAAUAAUCGAUUCCAAUAGUCAUAUGAUUUAUUGGACUGAUGCUAAACUUGAUGGAAUAUAUCGUGUCCGAGCUGAUGGCGGUCCUGUGGAACUGGUACGAAGUGACAUUGCCGCCGCAGCAGGCAUUGCAUUACUUGGACAAACAAUGUACUGGACGGAUAAUCGUUUAGAAAAAGUAUUCUCUGCAUCCAGUAGCCCAAAUCAGACAUCAUUAUUACUAUCACCAACGACAAUUGCUGCUGGUCUAACUGAUCUAGGAAAUGUUGUUGUAUUUGAUGAAUCAGUACAGCCAAAAGCAUCAUCACCUUGUCAAAUAACGGAUAAUUUGAGGAAGACACCAUGCGCCCAACUUUGUUUUGCCUCACCGGGUAGUCAAAGUCCUUUAUGCGCAUGCGCUCGUGGCGUAUUGAAGGGAAGAUCUUGUGAAGAACCAGAAACAUUCCUAAUGUUUGCUGAUAGUAACUAUAUAGUGGAUACACCAAUUGAACCAGACGUAAAAGCACCAAAUCCAUUAAAAGAAGCUUUACCUCAAAUUGAAAAUUUACAAACAUUUGAUGUUGACGUGAAUUUACGACGUAUUUAUAUGGUUACGGAGUCUGCAAAUGGCGCAAAUAUUUCUUGGUUUACAAUAAAUCAACCAACUAAACGAAGACUUAUUUUUGGUCCUACAAAAAGUAAAAUUGCUGACUCAGUGCGACAUAUUUCGGAUAUGAAACUUGAUUGGUUGACACAUAAAAUAUAUUUCACAACUGGCAGGGGUGGUAAAGUGUAUGUGAUCAAUGUGCAAGGUGAGCAUGCAGCAACAAUUGCAAACGGUGAUUGGACAUAUGCAUUAGCUCUCGAUCCGUGUGCAGGUUUUGUCUUCUGGUCUGAUAGUGGUUAUAAGAUAACUGGCGGUAUAUAUGAGCCACGUAUCGAACGUGCUAAUAUGGCAGGUGGUGAUCGACGUGUAAUUCUGAAGGAAGGUAUAAGUUUACCUGCAGCAUUAGCUAUUGACUUUCGAGAGCAACGACUCUAUUGGGCUGAUAUUAACAAAUUAAAUAUUGAAUCAUCAGAUUAUGAUGGUAAAAAUCGACGUACAGUUGGUAUUGGAUAUCGUGCUAAAAGUCUCGAUAUAUGGGGUCAAUGGUUAUAUAUGAGUGAUCCACUUGCAAAUGGAAUAUUUCGUAUGAAUAAGAACUCUGGUAUCAAUUAUCAAAAUGUAGUAUCAGAUCGACGAAUUCCAUCAACAUUAAGAGUUAUUGCUUCUGAAGCAGAUACACGAACUCGUAAUCAAUUCUGCAGUACGUACACAUCAGGUUUAUGCAAAAAAGAUAAUGGUGGUUGUGAACAGCUUUGUCAUGUAAUUGCAUCAAAUGGUGAAACGAUAGCUUCAAAGGUACAAUGCGCUUGCAAUGAUUCAUUUGAACUUGUCACAGAACCUGGAAAAGAUAUUGCUACUCAAUGUGUACCACGGGAAACUGUUCAAACAUGUCAACCACCGUAUAACUUCCAAUGCGCUGAUGGUAUCUGUAUAGCACUUAGCGCAACAUGUAAUGGUAAGCAUGAUUGCGCCGAUGGUUCAGAUGAGCAUCCAACAUAUUGCAAUACACGAGUAUGCCCAGAGCCAUAUUUUCUCUGCUCCAAUCGACGUUGUAUUGAAGCUGAACUUCGUUGCAAUAAUUUAGAUGAUUGUGGUGAUAAUUCAGAUGAACUAGAUUGCAUCACUACCUCAACUACAUGUCCAUCUGGACAUUUUGAAUGCUCUAAUGGACAUUGUAUUAAUAGCACAAAGGUAUGUGAUGGUCAUAAUGAUUGUCACGAUGAGAAAGUAUCAGAUGAAAAUAAGGAAACAUGCCCAAAUUUACCCAUUGAUUGCCGUGGUGUACGAUUACGUUGCCCAAAUACGAAUAUUUGUAUUCAACCAGCAGAUCUUUGUGAUGGUUAUAAUGAUUGUGGUGAUAAAGCAGAUGAAAAUAAGCUUUUUUGCAUGAAUCAACCAUGUGCUAUGCAUUAUGUUCGUUGUCCAAGUGGUCGAUGUAUACCGGAAACAUGGCAAUGUGAUGGUGACAAUGAUUGUGGUGAAGGUGCUUGGGAUGAAAAUCAUACAAAUUGCACAGAUUCUAAUGGAAAGCGUAUUUGCUUGGGAGAAUAUUUGUUUCAGUGUGAUAAUGGAAAAUGUAUCAGUCGAGCAUUCAUUUGUGAUGGUGAAGAUGAUUGUGGUGAUGCAAGUGAUGAAAGUAUCAUUCAUAAUUGUGGCAAUCGUACCUGUACUGAACAGGAAUUUCAUUGCAAAUCAAAUGUUCAUCUUAGUCAACCAAAAUAUGAAUGUAUACCAAAAGCAUGGCUUUGUGAUGGUGAUGUUACCUGUGCAAAUGGAGAAGAUGAAAGUAAGGAAUUGUGUGGAGUGGAGAAGAAACAAUGUAAUAAAGGAGAAUUCAGAUGUGCUAACAAACAUUGCAUUCAUGCUUCAUGGGAAUGUGAUGGCGAUAAUGAUUGUCUUGAUGGUUCUGAUGAACAUCCUAAUUGUACUUACUCACAAUGUCAACCUGAAUUCUGGCAAUGCAGCAAUAACAAAUGCAUUCCUAAUUCUUGGAAAUGUGAUGGAAAUGAUGAUUGUGAUGAUGGUAGUGAUGAGAAGGAUUGUACUGAUAAGAGUGCUUCAGCAUUGAUAGCAAAUAGUUGUUCUGUUGGACAAUUCCGCUGUAGCAGCGGUGAAUGUAUAGCAGAAAUGAAAGUUUGUGAUCGAAUUUAUGAUUGUUUGGAUAGAUCAGAUGAGUCAUCAAAAUGCUUGAUUAACGAAUGUACCACUGCGGAAAAGCCAUUAUGUGAGCAAAAAUGUAUUGAUUUACCAAUUGAUUAUCGUUGUGAUUGUUUCGAAGGAUUUGCUCUCGACAAAGAUGACAAAAAAUCAUGUCAUGAUAUUGAUGAAUGUGAAACUGGUCUUGGACAAUGCAGUCAAAAAUGUGAAAAUAAAAUUGGUACUUACAAAUGUUGGUGCACUGAUGGAUAUGCCAUAUCAAGUGAUGAUCGUACAUGUAAACGAAUUAGUACGGAUCCUGAACCAUGGUUAUUGUUUGCAAAUAAACAUUACAUACGGAAGCUUACAUUAGAUGGAGAAAAUUAUGAGUUAGUAGCUCGUGGAUUUGAAAAUGUUAUAUCAAUGGAUAUUGAUAUGAAAGAAAGAAAAGUGUAUCUUGUGGAUUCUGGUAAACUCAGACUCUAUAGAGUUAGUAUGGAAGAGCUAGAUCAACCAAUUGAUUCUUAUGAGGUCGUUCUAAGACAUAAUGUCUUUGGUACUGAAGGUAUUGCAAUUGAUUGGAUUGGGCGCAAAUUGUACAUGUUGAACAGACAGGAACGUUCGUUGCGCGUUUGUGAAUUGGAUGGUCGUUAUUGUAGAACACUUAUUCGUGAUCGUAUCGCUCAACCAAAGGCAAUAGUAAUACAUCCAGGAAAAGGUUAUCUCUAUUUUACGGAAUGGAGUUUGCAAGCAUACAUUGGUCGAGUAUCACUGGAUGGCUCUCCACAAUUAUCUGAUCCAAUUGAAAAACUUGCUGAAAAUGAUCUUGGCUGGCCAAAUGCACUUGCUAUUGAUUUCUUUGCUGAUAAAUUAUUCUGGGCAGAUGCGCACUUAAAUGAAGUUGGCUUCAUGAAUUUGAAUGGUGGAGCUAGACAUCAUAUUCCAGCAAAACGUACAUCACAUAUCUCAUCGAUGACUGUAUUUGAUGAUUAUUUAUUUUGGUCAGAUUGGAAUUUACGAGAAAUUAUUAGAGUGAAUAAAUGGACUGGUAUGAAUGAAACAGUGCUAAAGAUAACGACACAAUUACCAAAUGAUAUUAGGGUUGUUCAUCCAUUUCGUCAACCGGAUUAUAAGAAUCCAUGUGGUGAUAAUAAUGGUGAAUGUUCUCAUUUAUGUUUACUAUCUGCACAUGAUCCUGGCUUUACAUGUUCUUGUCCUGAUCAAUUUGUUCUGCUUAACGAUAAUAAAACUUGUGAACCUCAUUGCACUGAUCGACAGUUUGCAUGUGGUGGUGAUGAUGCUAAAUGUAUUCCAAAAUUAUGGUAUUGUGACGGAGAGCCGGAUUGUCGUGAUGGUAGUGAUGAACCCGGAAAAGACAUUUGCGGACCGAGAAUUUGUGCUGUUGGCGAAUUUCAGUGCAACAAUCAUAACUGUACACGACCAUUUCAACUUUGCGACGGUAGUGAUGACUGUGGUGAUGGUUCUGAUGAGGUAGAAUGUGAUAAGCCAUGUGAUCCAUGGAUGUUCAAAUGUUCAGCAACCGGAAAAUGCAUUCCAAAAAGAUUCAUUUGUGAUGGUGAUGAUGAUUGUGGUGAUCGAUCUGAUGAAGCAGAUGCUAUAUGCAAAAAUAAGGAGCGCAAUUGUACUGCGGAAGAAUUUCGUUGCUCAAAUCAUAAAUGUAUACCAAAAAUGUGGAAAUGUGACAACGAUGAUGAUUGUGGUGAUGGUUCAGAUGAACCUUCAGAAUGUAGCAGUAUUGAAUGUCGCAAGGGAUGGACUCGAUGUUCUUCUUCCUACAGAUGCAUACCGAAUUGGGCGUUCUGUAAUGGACAGGAUGACUGUCGUGAUAAUUCCGAUGAAAUAAGAGAUCGUUGUCCAACUUGUGAUGAUAUUGGUGAAUUCCGAUGUGCCACAUCUGGAAAAUGUAUUCCAAAAAGAUGGAUGUGUGAUAGCGAAAAUGAUUGCGGUGAUGAUUCCGAUGAAACAGAUCCAUCGUGUGGUGGUACAUCAAGACCAUGUUCAGAAUCUGAAUUUCGAUGCACUGAUGGUCGUUGCAUUCCUGGAAAUAAAGUUUGCGAUGGUACUUUACAAUGUGGUGAUGGUAUAGAUGAAUCUCAAUGCAAAUUACGUGACUGUAAUCCAGGAUUUAUGAAAUGUGACGAUGGUACCUGUAUACCUGAACAUCGUUGGUGUGAUCGUCGACGUGACUGUCCAAAUGCUUCUGAUGAAAGUCACUGCGAAAAUUAUCCAAAUCGUCGUGAAUGUAGUCCGUUUGAAUUUGAAUGCGGUAAUUCAGUAUGCAUUCCACGUAAAUUUAUUUGUGAUGGUGAUAACGACUGUGGUGACAAUUCAGAUGAGACAAAUGAGCACUGCAAAAGUGCUCUCUGUGAUCCACCUCUUCGUUUUCGUUGUGCUCAUUCUAGACUUUGUCUUAAUAUUUUACAGUUGUGCAAUGGUGUCAAUGAUUGUGGACAAUUUGAUCAUUCAGAUGAGCAUUUAUCCAUGUGUAGCUCAUUCUCUGAAUAUGGUGAUUGUACCACAAAUCAAUUUAAAUGUACCAAUGGUAAAUGUAUUAAUGCAUCGUUGGCUUGUGAUCAUAACGAUGAUUGUGGUGAUGCUAGCGAUGAAAUUGGAUGUGCAAAACGAAAAGGAAUUACAUGUGAAACAAAUAAUGAAAAUGGAAAUUGUAAACAUUUGUGUACAGAUGUUAAAGAUGGUUAUUACUGUCAUUGCCGAGAUGGUUUUCAACCGAAUCCGGUUGAUCCAUAUGACUGUAUUGAUAUUGAUGAAUGUAUGGGAAAUAAUACCUGUACUCAGAUUUGUAUGAAUACCAAAGGAUCAUAUCUUUGUCGCUGUCUUGAAGAUUAUGAAAAUAAUGUGGUUGUAGGAGCAAUGACUGGCAAAGAUUGUCGUGCUAAGAGUGAUCCACCACUGAUAAUGAUAGCUGCAGAUGGUGAAGUAGUGCAGUUGAAUCCUGCACAUGCAGGUGAAACAAAUCGUCAUGCAGCAGGUAUGCUUGAUCAGAAUGAUAUUAUUGCAGUGGAUUUUGAUCCACGUAGAGAGCUAAUGUUUUGGAUUGAUAGUGAAAAGCGCAAAGUUUAUCGAUCAGCUCUACCUAAAGGUAAUCAGUCACAUGCUGGUCAAGAACUUAAUAUUGAUUUCAAAGAUUUGAAAUCGUCACCCUCUGCACUUUCCAUUGAUUAUCUUACAGGGAAUAUAUAUCUCGCAGCAAUAUCAGAUGAUGAAGCUGCAGGAUUUAUAGUCAGGAAAAAAAGAGAAACGGAGCAAACAGUAAAUAAAGGCAUUGGUGGUACAAUCUAUUUGGCAAAAUCGGAUGGUCGUUAUUUACGAACUUUAAUUAAGGGACGACUUCAUAUUCCAACUGCAAUUAUUACAUUGCCACAGAUCGGAAGAAUAUGUUUUGCGGAUGCCGGAUUUGAUGCAAAAAUUGAAUGUGCCGAUAUGGAUGGAAAACAUCGUAAUGUUAUUGUAAAAGAUCUCAUUUAUUCGCCAACUUCAUUGGCUGUUGAUGAAGGUAAAGACAAUCGUAUAUACUGGGCAGAUCCGAAAUAUCGCAAAGUUGAAUCAGUCUUACCAGAUGGCACAAAGCGAACAACAGUAAUUAUUGAUAAUCGAAUGCCAUGGGCAGUAGAUGUAUUCGAGAAUAAUCUCUAUUGGGCUUCUAAAGAAAGCCAAGAUUUAUUUGUUCAGGAUAAAUUUGGUCGUGGUCGUAUCAGCGUAUUAGCUUCUAAUAUACCAAAUGCACAUAGUAUUCGUAUAUAUCAACGUUUUGCUCGUGAUACGUCACGUGCUGUAUCAACUUGCGCAGAUGCUACGUGUAGUCAUUUGUGUGCUGAAUUACCUCGAAAUACAUACACAUGUUUAUGUCCUGAUGAAUCACCACAACUUAAUGAUGGUUCAUGUUCCGGUACUAGAGUUGAUGAAUUACCAAUUCCGAAGCAGUGUGAAUGUCAGAACGGUGGUAUCUGCCAGUUGGAUGGUUAUUGUGAUUGUGGUGAUUUCGAAGGAGAACAAUGUCAGAAAGGUUCUACUGUAUCUCGACAGUUAAUUGGUCGAUUUGGUUCGAAUGCUUUAUUAGCAGCGCUAUUGUUCAUUUCUUUGUUAGCUUGCUGUAUUGCGCUAAUGGUUCUAGUGGGAACGAAUCUUUAUAGAAAACGUUUAUUACUCUUCAAAAAGAAUGAAGCUGCUGAUGGAGCUGUUUCAUUUCAUGGAAAUGUUAUCUCAUUUAGCAAUCCGGUACUUGAUCCGAAACCGAGUGAUGCAACACCAGUGGAAUACGGUAUGGUACAAUUACAAGCUAAUACUGUAGCUUCAUCAACAACAUUCUCAAAUCCAGUAUAUGAAAUGGAAGAAUCAUCUGAUAAUCAAUCAAUGCAGUCUUCUACUACCGUAAUUACAUCACAGACAGAAGUAUCAUCAACAUCACCAGCAACAACAACAACAAUACACAGUAAUGCACCAUCUCGUGUACACUCUUUUGUUUCCGUUGAUAUGAAACCUGAACCUUCGUCUUCUGUUAUUGCACCACAUUCAGAUCUAAGGCCAAAUGCACCAAUACCACCAAAGAGAAUGUUAAAAGAGGGCAAUGAUAAAAUGAUGCUUGUAAGCAGUAACGAUGAAAUUACCGAUGUUUAG